UGUAUGCAUAUUUCAUUAGAAUUAUUUCCAUCGCAAUAAAUUUUAGUUACUUACUUUGAUUAAAUUUGCAACGAUUAAAUAAUGAGAUGAAGGGUUGGAUAACCUGUGUAAUCUUGAGUAUAGUCAAAUUUUUAUCCGAACAGUUUUGUUAAGAAUUUUAUUGAAUAAACUUUGUUUUUAUAUUUUGUGUUAAAUCAAAAUGUUUAUAAAAUCGUUUAAAGUAAAAUCUAACAAUCAAUUGAAAGGAACAGAAAGGAAAAAAUUAUGUGAAGAAAUUUCAGCAGUAUAUCCCACGUUGACAGAUGAAGAGACACAAACGUUAAUUCCUAAAAAAGAGGCAAUAAGUGUUAUGAAAAUUGCAACUCACAAUGGUCACUUAGGAAAAAUUUAUUGUGUAGCUAAAAUACCUAUGUUUUUUGAACUUGAAUCUUUACAUCAAGCAUUAUUACCUACCAUAUAUACUUUAUGGCAUCAUCCAAAUUUAUUAAAGACUUUUACAACAUAUCCCCCAGUUAUAUCAAAAUUAAUAGGUGGUGCAGAUUUAAUGUUGCCUGGUGUCUAUUUGAAAGAACCUGUGACAUUAUAUUCUUUUGGCAAAUUACAAAAGGGUACACCUGUUUCAAUAAAUACAGAAGAUAAUAAGGCACCAGUUGCUGUUGGUUUUACUGCACUUUCCAGUGAAGAUAUGUAUAUGUCUGGAGGUCAUGGAAAAUGUGUAGAAAUUCUACAUGUAAUAGGUGAUACAUUGUGUCAACUUGGAAAACCUCCUUUAAGGCCAAAUUUAGGACCACCAAAUAUUGAUAUUGAUAGUGAUAAGAUAAAAACUAUAGAUGAAAUAACUGAUCAGAAAAAUGAGAAUAAUGAAGAAUCACUUAUUGAGACAAUGAAUAAUUUAGAUGUGAAUAAUGAUUUAAUAUCAGAAACUGAAACUCUUGAAGAAGAAAACAAAAUGGAAGAAAACAAAAUGGAAGAAUCUGUUAAAAUUAAAACUAUAGCUACUGAUGAAAUAGAAAUAACUAUGGAUCCAAUAAAAGAAAUGGACAAUUUACUUGAAUAUUGCUUCUUAAAAGCUUGCAAAACUUCAAUAAAGCCUAGUGACUUACCAAUAUUAACAUCCAAUUUCUUUAAAAAUCAUUUAAUAGCUGCAUGUCCAUCAAAUAAAAAUAUAGAUAUAAAAAAAACUCGGUAUAAAAAAUUAUCCUUGUUUUUAGCAGAAAUGAAAACAAAGGGAGUUAUUAAUACCUCUGUUGUUAAAGGUGUUGAAAGUAUAUUAUCAAUUAAGUUUGAUCAUCCUCUUCUAAAAGAAUUGGUCAUUAUAGAGGAACCUACAUCAACCCAGGAGCCAAUUGUUUCCAAUGCGGCAGUCGUCUCUGAAUGUUAUAAAGUGACUGCCGAUGUUUUACCAGUACUAUCAAAAUUUGGAUAUGAAAAAGGAGACAUUAUGAAAAGAGCUGAGAUCAGAAAAUGUUUUACUGAAUACGUGAAAGCAGAGAAUCUUCAAGAUGGAAGGAUACUGAAACUGAACCCGCAACUCGCAGGUAUUAUGAAAACUAAAGCGAAUGUGGAAACUGUAAUGAUGGAGGAUGGAAUAAACAAGUUUAUUGGACGUAUGACGCAUAUGCAUGAAGUUACUCUAGCAGGAAAUAAAUUGUUACACACGGGUAAAUUGGAACCUAUUGAUAUGAGAGUCACUGUUCGAUCCGGUGGUAAAAAGGUAACGCUAGUAAAUAAUUUGGAAACAUUUGGUAUAAAUGCUAAAGAAUUUAGCAAAGAAUGCCAAAAUAUUGGAGCGAGUGCAACAAUUACGGAUGAACCGGGGAAAAAAACUCCUAGUGUUCUAGUUCAAGGAAAUCAAAUUUUAUAUGUCUACAAAUUACUUACAGAAAAAUAUCAAAUUAAAAAAAACUAUAUAAGAGGAUUAGAAUUCGCUCCAAAGAAACAAGGUUCUCAUAAAAAAUAAGAUAUCUUUGAAUAGUUAUCACGCUAUAGAUGUGACAUGUUAUAUGAAAAAUUAUGUUAUAUGUGAUCUAUUUUUUUAUUUAUUUAAAUACCAAUAUUUCUCUGUCAUAAUUUUUUCAUUGUUUGAAAAAUUAUAUAGCAUUCAUGAUAUAGCGAGAAUGUAAAAUCCGUGAAUCAGUCGAUGUCCUUAUUGAAUUAGAAUUACUUAAUGUAGAAUCUCGUUAUAUAUGACGCUAUUAUAAUUAUUAUAAAAAGCAUGCUAUUAUUUUUGUAUAUUUUUUCUUAAAAUAAUAAUUUUCAUUUAAUGAUUAAAUAUUAAAUAUACAAAAACAAUUUAUGAUAAUACUACAACUCACAAAUAAAUCAUUCUCGAUAAAUUUUUAUGUAAUCAUUU